AAUCGCAGAGAGGCGUCAGACGCAGUCUAUAAAACACCUGCCUUCACUGUAAACUACUCAUGACCUACAGAUGAACGAUAGCCGGAAUAUUUAAACCACCUUCUAUAUUCUAGCACGGCGGAUUAUAAUAAACUCUUUCAGUGACACUCACUGAAAAUGAACGGUUUAUAAUGGACAUCUUACACCUGGAGUGUAGUUGACUUGCGAGCUGAAGAAAGUGAUUCGACUGCGGAAAAAACGUCGAGCGUUUAUUUAGUUGCUGUGAGACAGUGUAAUAAUGAUGGAUCGUGACACUCAGUGGCUGUACCAGCUCCUUGCUAGUGUGCAGCUAGAGAGAUUCUACGUAAGGAUGCGAGAUGGACUCAAUGUGACACGUAUUGAGCACCUGAACUAUGUUAAAGAAGCAGAUCUUGAACAGAUUGGCAUUAGUAGACCAGGACAGCGACGAUUAUGGGAAGCUGUCAGACAUUAUAAAAUCAACAUGCGACCACGGUCAUGGAUGGUUAAGGCCUUCAGUGGUCGCACCCCAGAAGGAAGUGAGCAGUUUAAUGGUGUUGGUUCAGGCCAGGGGCCAGAACCAGGGCGCGCACUCCCCUGUCUUAUCCAGGACAGUGAACUGAUCUUUGGGGACAGGCUAGGCUCAGGUUCCUUUGGGGUAGUUCGAAAAGCAGAAUGGCAAACGCCGACUGGACGAGUGUUGCCUGUAGCAGUGAAAACCUUGAGGGGUGGCGGACCCAGAUACGGAGAUGUGGUAACCGAAUUCCUCCAGGAAGUUUCGACCAUGCAGUCUCUGCACCACCCCAACAUUAUACAUCUGUAUGGCGUUGUCCUUACUCAUCCUCUUAAAAUGGCUCAGCCUAUGGAGCUUCGAGCAGUGAAAGACUUCACAGAGCUCAGAAAACUCUCUCUACAGGCCAAUGAUCUAGUGACUGUAAUAGAUCAUGGGCUGGAAAUGUGUGAGUGGAAGGGCCAAAACCAGAGAACUCUAAGUGUUGGCUGGUUUCCUCCUGCAUUGGCUGCGCCGGCUCUCACAGUAGCAGUUCCUGCGCCUGGUCCGGCUCUGAUCUCUUCCCCUGUUAAAGGCAGUCUACAGCACACUGGCCAUGGAGACACGGACCAAGCACGCAGCUGGGGCAACCCAGAACGAAUAAAUGACUCCAGACGUUGGAGGAUUCCAUUAUCAAGAGAGAAGGAAGGCUCCAAUCUGACGAAAAUGGCAGGCAUCUCAAGGAGUCUGGAAUCUGUCCUUGGUGGUUCACAGGACAAAGGUCGAGGUCCUGGUGGGAAUGCAGCUCAGAGAGCCGACCCACGCAGACUCAUGCAGUGCAAUUUAAUGCAAGAUCCACGCAGGUUUAGUGAUGCUAUUGUCAUCCCACCUGCACGGCCACCACCCCCCAGCUUCAAAUGCAUCAGCCCACCAAACACUGUCUUCAAAUGCGUCAAACCCCAGAUGAUGACCCAGGAUCGGAGACCAGUAAACCCAGCGGGCUGGGCCCCUCAAACUCAUUCACAGCUACAGUUCCAGUUCCAACCACAGCAGCAGUGUUUAGGGAAUAGCAACCUUGACAGGAUGGCACAUCUGGCCAAGUCAAGCCCUCAGUUAGAUGAUGGCCCUGAGAAAGAGAAGGAGAGAGAUAAAGAGCAAGAGAAAGAAAGAGAGCGGGAGAAGGCAAAGGAGAGGUAUCCGCCACAAGUUGACAAGGAAGCGGUCAUAGCGCAAGUUCAGGAGGCAGUACAUGGAGUGACCCUUGAGCAGGUUCAGAAAGCUCUGUAUCGCAGUGACUGGAAUCCUGUAUGGGCAGAGCAGCAACUUAAGACAGACCAGCUGUAUUACAUGACUCAGAGCUCUCGUGAGGAAUGUCAAAAAAUCCUUGCCCGCUACAAGUGGGACCUGCAGCUGGCAGGACGUUACAUCAUACGACAAGACAGAGAUAGAGACAGAGACAGAACUGCACUGGAUAGAAGAGGAGAAAGAGUUUAAUGCAAGACAAUGUUAACUCGUAAGAUUGUUCAUAAUUAUUGAGGAUUUCAUGUUUUUGUGAUAUCGAUGAAGUGUCAAGAGGUCAAAAUAUUUUCUCACCCUGAAGUUUCCAUCCACCUCCAAUGUGAAACUAUCUAUAGUGACUCUGUAUUAUGUGCUUAAUUAAUACAUUUGUGACAUCAGUUAUUUGUUUGGAAAGACAGCAUAAUCAUUCUUUUUAAAUGCAGAAUGACAUUCUAGUUGCCAUUGUGACUAUUGUUAGUUUGCAGUUUUUGUAUAUAAAUUAGGUUUGUUAAAAUUUUAAAUGUGUUAAAUUCAGCAAAACUGUGUAAAUGUAUAUGAUGAAUUUGUAAAUACAAAGUGUUAUAAAUAUUUGUAUCGGUUUAAUAAAAUAAAACAUGCAUU